UUAUACAUUUUUGUAAAUAAGUGAUUUUUCUCCUUCACUGAUGUGCGCUAAUGAGGCUGCAGUGAUGGGCACUGAUAGGCGACACUGAUGCGCACUGAUAGGUGGCACUGAUUGGCAGCACUGAUAGGUGGCACUGAUUGGCAUUGAUAGGUGGCACUGACUGGCACUGAUGGGUGACAUUGAAAGGAAGCUCAGAUGGGCACUGAUAUGUGGCAUUGAUGUGCACUGGUAUGCACUGAUAUGUGGCACUGAUGGGCACUGGCACAGGGCACUGAUGAGCACUGACUGCUGGCACUGAUGGACACUGACAGGUGGC